AUUACUCGUGUCGUGCGCGAAAUGUUGCGGAGUUUUUGUGUGAAAGCGAGAAAAAAAAUCUCUUUUCUCGUAAUACAAAACUGUGAGACUCGCUCGAAUCGGAUAAUUUCGCACCAUGGCUGAAUAUCUGGCGUCAAUUUUUGGUACCGAGAAGGACAAGGUCAAUUGCUCGUUUUAUUUCAAGAUUGGGGCCUGUCGACAUGGUGAUCGUUGUUCGCGAAUUCAUAACAAGCCGACCUUUAGUCAGACAUGUCUACUGCAGAAUCUUUACGUAAAUCCUCAGAAUUCUGCCAAAAGCGCAGAUGGAUCUCAUCUGGUUGCAAAUGUAUCGGACGAAGAGAUGCAAGAGCAUUAUGAUAACUUUUUUGAGGAUGUUUUUAUCGAAUGCGAGGACAAAUAUGGCGAGAUCGAAGAGAUGAAUGUGUGUGAUAAUCUCGGUGACCAUCUAGUUGGGAAUGUUUACAUCAAGUUUCGCAGAGAGGAAGAUGCGGAGAAGGCAGUCAACGAUCUGAACAAUCGUUGGUUCGGUGGCAGACCAGUUUACGCUGAACUCUCGCCCGUUACUGAUUUCCGUGAGGCUUGCUGUCGUCAGUAUGAAAUGGGCGAGUGUACCCGCUCCGGAUUUUGUAACUUCAUGCACUUGAAGCCCAUCUCCCGGGAACUUCGUCGAUACUUGUACAGCCGAAAGAAGGGCAAAGGACGCUCGAGAUCGCGCUCGAGAUCGCGUGGUCGCGAUCGCAGAAGGAGAUCCAGAUCUCGUGACAGAAGAUCGAGAUCUAAAGACCGGCGUAAAGGAAGAGACGAGAAAAGCAGGGAUGGCCGAUCUGGUCGUUAUUAAAAUAAAUUUUCGUCGAUAUAUUUUUUUAAUGACUUUGAUUUUAUCUUUAAAUCGAUUUAAAUUUCAUUUCAUGAAUUAUGAUAUAUAUUUGAAUAAAUUACACAAAAUUAUUUCAUUGUUAUUAAAUGUACGAAAGAUUAGAAGCAUAAAUGAUUAUAGAUAAAAGAUUGCAAAUAUAAUUUGUAUUUUGUAAAAUAUUACAUAAUUGAUUGUUUUUUUAUACCAUUGAUAUAUUUUAUCAUUUAAUACUGAAGUACAUCUCUUUCUUUAUGCAAGUUUUAUGACUAUGAUAUUAGAAGGCAGCAUUCAUUCGGCGAUGUUCAAGUGAUAUAAUUUCUACAAAUAUGCUAUGAUUAUAUUCUUCGCAUAUUUGUAUUGUUUAAAAUAGUUCAUUUUCCUAAGAUUAAAUUGUA